GGUGCUGGGUGGCAGGGAUGGGGUGGCACCCUCCCGACACGGCCCCCUGGGUGUGGGUGAGGGGGACACGGCCGUGGCAGCAGCUGGGACGGAGCAGCCGGAGCUGGCCCGGGCCGGGGGGGCUCGGCAGCAGGUGCUGGGGGAGCACAGACCCCCCUUUGUGCUCAGCGUUUGGGCUGGGGGUGUCCCGGAGCUGCUGGACCCUGUGGAAAGCCCUUCUCGUGUUACAGCCGGAGCCAGGCUUGGCUCCCCGGGACAGGGAGCGGCGUCUGCUGCUGCCUCUGGCUAACCUGGUGGACCUGCAGAAGAAGCUGGAGGAGCUGGAGCUGGAUGAGCAGCAGAAGAAGCGCCUGGAAGCUUUCCUGACUCAGAAAGCCAAAGUGGGGGAGCUGAAGGACGACGACUUUGAGAGGAUCUCGGAGCUGGGCGCCGGCAAUGGCGGGGUGGUCACCAAAGUGCAGCACAAACCCUCAGGGCUCAUCAUGGCACGGAAGCUGAUCCACCUGGAGAUCAAGCCGGCCAUCCGCAACCAGAUCAUCCGGGAGCUGCAGGUGCUGCACGAGUGCAACUCCCCCUACAUCGUGGGCUUCUACGGGGCCUUCUACAGCGACGGGGAGAUCUCCAUCUGCAUGGAGCACAUGGAUGGUGGCUCUUUGGAUCAAGUGUUGAAAGAAGCCAAAAGAAUUCCUGAGGAAAUCCUGGGCAAAGUCAGUAUAGCGGUGCUGCGGGGCCUGGCCUACCUGCGGGAGAAGCACCAGAUCAUGCACAGAGAUGUGAAACCCUCCAACAUCCUGGUGAACUCCCGAGGGGAGAUCAAGCUCUGUGAUUUCGGGGUCAGCGGGCAGCUCAUUGACUCCAUGGCCAACUCCUUUGUGGGAACUCGGUCCUACAUGUCUCCCGAGCGCCUGCAGGGCACGCACUACUCGGUGCAGUCGGACAUCUGGAGCAUGGGGCUGUCCCUGGUGGAGCUGUCGAUCGGAAGGUACCCAAUCCCCCCGCCAGACUCCAAGGAACUGGAAGCAAUUUUUGGCCGUGCUGUGGUGGACGGGGCGCAGGGAGAGUCCCCCAGCAUCUCUCCGCGGGCCAGGCCCCCAGGACGCCCCGGCAGUGGCCACGGGAUGGACACCAGGCCUGCCAUGGCCAUCUUUGAGCUGCUGGAUUACAUCGUUAACGAGCCACCUCCCAAGCUGCCAAGUGGAGUCUUCACACAAGAUUUCCAGGAGUUUGUAAAUAAAUGCUUAAUUAAAAACCCAGCAGAACGGGCAGAUCUGAAGAUGCUGAUGAGCCACACGUUCAUCAAGCGCUCCGAGGUGGAGGAGGUGGAUUUUGCGGGCUGGCUGUGCCGGACGCUGCGCCUCAACCAGCCCAGCACUCCCACCCGCGCUGCCGUGUGAGCCCGGCCGGGCAAUCCUGCCCUGGCACCGCUUCCUCUCCUCCCUCCACGGCAGAGCUGCCCCUCCUCGCUCCCUCCCGGCCCCGAAGCCCCAAAGCCCCGGGCCGGCAGCGCCUCCAUCCCGCCCGGCGCCUCCAUCCCGCCCGGGCUCGCCCCCUUCGGCCGUGGGGCUGUUCCAGGCCUCUGCUCCAGCUCUGGAGCUCCUGACACUUGGGAAUUGUGGUGCUGCUUAUGUCGAUUUUUUCUUUAUUUCGGGUUGGUUUGUUUUGGUUGUUUUUUGGGUUUGGUUUUUUUUUUUUUUUUGGAAAUGUGUUCACUCGGGUUAAAGGAGGUGUAAUGGGGGUGUGAGGGGCUGGGCAGGGGGUGCUUCACCUCCUGCCGGGGUUUCUCUGUGGGAUGGAAAAUCAGCGGGAUCAGGAACGGAGAGACCCUGCCCGGGGUGGCCCGGAGCGGUGUCACCGCCCUGCCUGGGGACACUGCGGGGCUCCGGGCUGGCCCUGGGGGCAGAGCUGAGAGCGCUGCUGUUUGCCUGGUUUGCUUUUAAAACGGUUCUUUUAAA